AUGGCUGAUAAAAAGGACAAACCCGGGGAACCGGCGGCAGCAGCCCCAGCAGCCCCAGCAGCCCCAGCAGCACCUGGAGCGCAGGAGGCCGAGAAGAAACCAGGGGAGCCCAAGAAAAAGUCAGAGCAGCCCAAAGAUGAAGUGGGAACGAGGAAGGGGUGUCGCCGUUACAAGUGGGAAUUCAAGGACAGCAAUAAAGAGUUCUGGAGUGUGGGGCACGCUGAGGUCAAGCUCAUUAGCUUGGCCUGCCUAAUAGGUUCGCUGGUAAUGUUCACGGGGACCACUGUACACCCCAUCCUGACACUCAUCAUCACCAUGGAGAUAUCCAUCUUCAUCUUCUUCAUCAUUAUCUACACCUUCGCCAUCCAGAGAUACGUGCCCUUCAUCCUGUGGCCCAUUUCUGAUCUUCUCAACGACCUGUUUUGCUGUGGCUUCCUCGUGGGGGGCGCGGUCUUCGCUAUCAGAAGUCGGCAAACAGUGCCACCAAACUACGUUACCGCUGUGGUCUUUAUAGGUGUGGCCGCCCUUUUUGCUUUAGUGGACGUUUGUCUUCAAAAGAAACACUUCAAAGGCAAGAAGGUCAAAAGGAAUGUGCUGGUUCCUCCACCACCAAAGGAGCCUGAAAAGCCAAAGCCUGCAGAAAAAACAGGGGAGGCAGGGAAAAAAAAGGAGGCAGGAAAACCAAAGGAACCCAAGGCAAAGCCAGAUGCCAAGAAGGGGGAAGCAGACAAGGGCAAGGCAAAGGGGGGCAAGAAGUGA